AUGCCCUCAGACGCCGAAACCAAGGCCCACCUGGAAGGCAUCUGGGCCACAAACAAGCACAACUCCCCCAUCUACGCCUUCCUCCUCUCCGACGUGCAAUUCACCACCGUCUCCCAAGGUCUCGUGACCGCACGGCUCCAGCUCACCAAGAACCACAUCAACAGCAAAGGCGGCCUGCAUGGCAGCGUGUCAGCCACGCUAGUUGACUGGGUGGGCGGGUACGCGAUUGCGAGCUGGGACUGCAGGGAGAAGAUGGGCGUGAGUGUGGACAUCCACGUUACGUAUAUCUCGUCGGCCGGAGAGGGCGAUUGGAUCGAGGUUGAGGGCCGCGCGAAUAAGGUGGGCAAGAGCUUGGCGUUUACGACGGCGAGGAUCUCGAAGGUCGUGGAUGGGCAGGCUGGGCCGGUUAUCGCGACGGCGAGCCACACGAAGUAUUUCUUAUAG